AUGGCAGAACUCCUCGGCGACCCGGCGUGGUCGCAGCUCCACCCAUGGCCCUGCACCAAUACAUCAUGGUCGGGCCUGCAGUGCGAGCUCGUGUCCGACGACGCGCGCGUGCUCCGCGCCACCCGCCUCCACCUGGGCCCCGACGUCGCCACCCCGCCCUUCAGGCCCGAGGCCAGGCUCGACCCCACCUCGCUGCGUGGCCUGCCGCACCUCCGGACGCUCUCCAUCUUCUGCUGCUUCGGCGCCACCCAAGCCCCCGUCGAGCUGCCGCCCGUGUUGUUCACGUCGUCGUCCUCGCUCGAGCAGAUCGUGCUCAAGUCCAAUCCCGGCCUCAUCGGACCCAUACCGGCGACGUUGGUUCUUAUUUUGGUAUCCAGAGUAGUGUUUGAAUGA